UGCACGCACCCAUCCACCACCUCGUGUCUACCCGUCCCCAUCGCUCUCACACCCGCCCUGUCCCCCCACGACCGCGCUGACCUCGCUCGCACAUCGCCCCUUCAGCGCUCAGCUCGCACAUCGCUCACGCUUAGCCACACGCUCUUGCAUACCACCCCACACUCUCCAUCGCGCUUCACUCGUGCACGUUGAUCAUGGAUCAAGACGCGUCCUCUUCAGGUGGCUGGCGCUUUGCGCAGUGCUUCGGCGACAAGGGCGAAGUCGAGGAUAUCACUGAAGCCGACAUCAUCUCGACCGUCGAGUUUGACUCGACAGGAAACUACCUCGCCACAGGUGAUAAGGGUGGCCGCGUCGUCUUGUUCGAGCGCAAUGAGAUGAAAAAGGGCUGCGAAUAUAAGUUCUACACGGAGUUCCAGUCGCAUGAGCCCGAAUUCGACUACCUCAAGUCAUUGGAGAUCGAGGAGAAGAUCAACAAGAUCAAGUGGUGCAAGCGACAGAACUCUGCACACUUCCUCUUGUCCACUAACGACAAGACGAUCAAGCUAUGGAAAGUGUUCGAAAAGUCAUUACGGGUGGUGUCCGAGAGCAACCUCCUCGAGGGCCAGAGAUCACUACCCGCGCCAAUCGUCCAGCAGAAUCUCCGACUCCCCCGCAUGUCCGUACAAGACAACAUCAUCGCCGCUGUGCCUCGGAAAGUGUAUGCGAACGCGCACGCAUAUCACAUUCACUCGAUCUCUGUCAACUCCGACCAGGAGACAUACGUUUCUGCGGACGACCUCCGGAUUAACCUAUGGAAUCUGGACAUCAGCGACCGCAGCUUCAACAUCGUCGACAUCAAGCCCGCAAACAUGGAAGAGCUGACAGAAGUCAUCACUGCGGCGGAGUUCCACCCAGUACAUUGCAACCUCUUCAUGUACAGCAGCUCGAAAAGCAACAUCAAGCUUGCUGACAUGAGAGACUCCGCGCUCUGUGAUAAGCAUGCGAAGAUGUUCGAGGAGGAAGAGGACCCAACAAACCGCUCCUUCUUCUCGGAGAUCAUAUCGUCCAUCUCAGACGUCAAGUUUAGCCACGAUGGACGAUACAUCUUGUCGCGCGACUACUUGAACCUCAAGAUCUGGGACAUCAACAUGGAGAGCAAGCCAGUGAAGACGAUUCCAAUUCACGACCACUUGCGGGGGAAGCUUUGCGAUCUGUACGAGAACGACUGUAUCUUCGACAAGUUCGAGUGUGUUUGGAGCGGCGAAGACAAGCACGUCCUCACUGGCUCGUACCACAACUAUUUCCGGAUAUUCGACACGGACACGCUAAACGACGUGGUGCUACAAGCGGACAAGUCCGCGUUCAAGGCAAAGAAGAUCGGGGGUCCUCUUCCAGGGAACAAGCCAGGCAUGAAGAACGGCGUGCGCCCAGGAGGCAUGCGGGAGAACAUGGCGCUCGAGACGCUGGACUUCAACAAGAAGAUCUUGCACGCGAGCUGGCAUCCGCGGGAGAGCACCAUCGCGAUUGCCGCGACGAACAACCUGUUCCUGUACAGCGCGGCAUAAGCGUGUGUCGUCCUGCCCGUGUUGCCCGUGCGCCUGCCACCUGCCACCCGCCAUUUGUCCACGCCUCCACCCGCUCACACCCCGACUUCACCCUCCCCCACAUCAUGAUCUCCCCAUUCCCCGCACAUACCAUUUCCUCCUUGCCCCUGCUACACGACACGCACAGUUUUCACCGGCAGAGCCGCGACUGACGACCCGAGAUACCGAGACUCAAAGACGGACAUCCCCACCCUUCCUCACGCCCUUCAUUCGCCCGCCAUCAUACUCCUCACGACAAGCCCGGCCUCCCCACCUUCACGACCGCUCGCUAUCCUCUCGAUACUAUAUAUACGCGCCGCCGCGCAGCUCGUCUUCACGCUAUGCGCCACCCGGCUUGCCGGGCCGUAGCCCCCGCACUAAUCCUUGCACCCCCAUCCCCCCUCGCUUCCACGCCCCAUUGGACGUCAGCCCGUACUAUAGCCAUGUCCCCCUGAUUCCCCGCGCAUGUCUUUCUCCCUCGCUCUCCGUCCUCGUCGUCGUCCAUCCGGUGAACUCUUGCGUCUCGUGUCGGCAGCGGCCGCGUCUGUAUCAUCUUAUCUCUCACCUCUUUCCUCCGCACUCUCAC